AAUUCCUGACACUGCGUCAAUGGUUUUGAAUAAGCAAGCUAAUUAUAAAUACAGCACGAGAAUCAAAAUUUAAUCAGUAUAUUGUCAAAAGCAACAUGAGUAAAUUGCAAAUUAUUUUAUUGUUAGUAACAAUAAUAGUAAAAAUUAAUAAUGCUGAAACCGAAUGUAAACCUUGGACUUGUGCUGCUACGUUAUGCUUGAAUGUUACUCCUUGUCCUUGUGGUACCAUUUUGGCUUCAGGCAGGGGAUAUUGUGGAUGUUGUUUCGAAUGCGUUACACCCAAAAUUGGCGACGAUUGUUAUAAGGAUGACAAUGGGACUGUGACUUGCGGACCAGAUUUACAAUGUUGCAAGAAUCAGAAAUGUGAUAAGAAUUGUAAAAGAGAUUGUCUUGACUAGUAAUAAAUAAUCAUAUAAUUAUUAUUAAAUUUUAUACACAAACAAUUAGUUUUUUUCUGUUGUUGAAUCAGUUUCACAAACAUCAUUAGUACAAAUUGCAUUACAACAUUUGGUGCCAUCUUCGCAAGAAACUGAAUCGAUUGGAGU